UGAUAAAGAAAUAAAACAUAAUAGAAUUAUGCUACAUUUAAAGGUAAUAUAAUAAUGAGUACUGAAAAUGCAGAUAAAAUGGACGAUGACCAUGUUGAGCCUCCUUCUGGUCUUGUGUUUUCAAAUCUUUCACAUUCAGUGUUUGUAAAUUCAAAUCAAUGUGGUUAUGAAAUAUUAGAAAUGCCUCAUGCUCAAGAUACAUAUCUUAAAUAUCAAAAAAAAAAAUACAAGCGACUACGUUUUAAACAUCAGAGUGUUUACGAUUUAUAUCAUGAUGAGAGGCGAUUACGUAUUAUGGCUAACUCAGAUUAUGUUGAUAAUAUUAAACAGUUUUUAGAAAAUUGUCCUCACGUUGAUUUAAUUAUAAAUUCAUGCGAUAGUAAAAAAAGAACUGCUCUUCACUUUGCUUCUGCUAGAGGAUCAGAUGAAAUUGUUCACUUGCUUUUACAACAUGGUGCUGAUCCAAAUUUAAAAGACUUUAAUGGUAACUCUCCUCUCCAUUUGUCUGCAUGCACACAUCAUAUUAGAGUUAUAACACUUCUAUUAAGAUAUGGUGCUGAUGCUAAAGCUUGUGACACUUUUGGAAAAACUCCAUUGCACCUUGCUCUGUCAAGAUUACGAACACUGAAGCAUAAAGACUACGAAUCUUAUAAUGCAAUGAAGAUGAAAGCUGAAGUUGGUGAAAUUGUUCUUAUGUUGGAAGAGUACUUUGAUAAAUCCGGACAAGAUAAUGAACGUAAAAAUUUGGAUAGAAUUAGUAUCAAACUGCGUGAAGUAAAUACUAAUGAUGAUAUGGAUGAAGUGGGAUGUUUGCUUGCCGAUUUCACCCAAAUGACAAUUGAAGCUAAUGCAAAGCCUAAAAUGUCGGAAGAAUAAACAGAAAUCCUUACUCCAUAAUUUCGCACUAUGGUUAUAAAGAUACCCUACGGAAAUAAUGAUAUUUUUAAAAAUAUCACCUUAGUACUUAAUAUUGUUCAACUUUUUGCUGUUCAAACCUGUUAAUAUAAGUAAUAGAUUAUUAUUGAA